AUGGGCCUCACCCUUGACCACAAACAUACGGAUGAGGAAUCCAGGCAAUGGUAUGAGCAAUGUUGAGACUACCCAUAUAAUGGCCCAAAUGAUCAUUCAGGUGGAUCUUCUCUGGUUAGUCAGACAUUAAUAACAAUCACACAGACAAUCAUAUUUUAGUGGGGGGUGAGACUGCCGGAGAGUAACGUGAGUGUGUGUGUAUCCCUGGAUCUGAGGGGUGAUAGCGGGAUGCUGCGGAGGGGUCUGCUGGCCUGGGUGUCCCGUGUGGGCGUGCUGCUGGUCCUAGUGUGCUGCUCUCUGUCCCUCCUCUACGUCAUGACCUGCAGCCCCCACUCUGAGGACAACCUGGUGAGCCACGCCCUGCCACGCCCCGGGCUGGGAGUCGGGGCAGCAGGGGGCACAGGGUCGGCUCAGAGCGGACCCCCGGGGUGGGAGGGCUACCAGGCCAUGCUAGUGGAGCGUGAGGAGCAGCACAAGCUACAUAUGGCGAGUCUGAAGAAACAGAUCGCCCAGUUAAAAGAAGCACUGCAGGAGCGUAGUGAGCAGCUCAAAGGAGUCCAAGACACAAUGGAGCGGGCGGCAGGGAGAGGCCAGGGCGGCCAGUCCCCAGGAGGAGGUACUCUCGGGGAGGGGGGCCAGGGGCCAGGGGCUGACAGGAGCCACGCAGACCUCCAGGAGUUCCUUCGCAGUCAGCUGGGCCGGGCGGAGGUCCACCAGGGUACUAGACUACCCAAUGAGUACACCGUGGUGCCCUUUGAGAGCUUCACCCUGCAGAGGGUGUACCAGCUGGAGAUGGGCCUGACAAGGCACCCUGAGGAGAAGCCCGUGAGGAAGGACCGGAAGGAUGAGCUGAGUGAAGCGCUGGAGACAGCCCUGCGGAGCCUCAACACACCCCGAGACGGAGCAGACAAAGGCCGGACCACCAAGGUCUACUCACCAUCAGACUUCAUAGAAGGUGAGUCACUAAGCUCCAUACCACAGCCAUAGGUAUACAGCCAUAAUGAUAUACAUACUGUAUAUUGUAUGUAUGGCAUCACAGGAGGUUGGUGGCACCUUAAUUGGGGAGGACGGACUCGUGGUAAUAGCUGGAGCAGAAUGAGUGGAAUGGUAUCAAAUAGAUCAAAUUGGUGCCAUUCCAUUCCCUCUGUUCCAGCCAUUAUUAUGAACCAUCCUCCCCUCAGCAGCCUCCUGUGUAUGGCAUAUACAGUUGUAGUCGGAAGUUUACAUUCACUUAGGUUGGCAUCAUUAAAACUCGUUUUUCAACCACUCCACAAAUGUCUUGUUAACAAACAAUAGUUUGGGAAAGUCGGUUAGGACAUCUACUUUGUGCAUGACACAAGUAAUUUUUCCAACAAUUGUUUACAGACAUAUUAUUUCACUUAUAAUUCACUGUAUCACAAUUCCAGUGGGUCAGAAGUUUACAUACACUAAGUUGACUGUGCCUUUAAACAGCUUGGGAAAUUCCAGAAAAUGAUGUCAUGGCUUUAGAAGCUUCUGAUAGGCUAAUUGACAUAAUUUGAGUCAAUUGGAGGUGUACCUGUGGAUGUAUUUCAAGGCCUACCUUCAAACUCAGUGCCUCUUUGCUUGACAUCAUUGGAAAAUGAAAAGAAAUCAGCCAAGACCUCAGAAAAGAAAUUGUAGACCUCCACAAGUCUGGUUCAUCCUUGGCAGCAAUUUCCAAACGCCUGAAGGUACCACGUUCAUCUGUACAAACAAUAGUACGUAAGUAUAAACACAAUGGGACCACGCAGCCGUCAUACCUCUCAGGAAGGAGACGCGUUCUGUCUCCUAGAGAUGAACGUACUUUGGUGCGAAAAGUGCAAAUCAAUCCCAGAACAACAGCAAAGGACCUUGUGAAGAUGCUGGAGGAAACAGGUACAAAAUUAUCUAUAUCCACAGUAAAACAAGUCCUAUAUCGACAUAACCUGAAAGGCCGCUCAGCAAGGAAGAAGCCACUGCUCCAAAACCGCCAUAAAAAAGCCAGACUAUGAUUUGCAACUGCACAUGUGGACAAAGAUCGUACUUUUUGGAGAAAUGUCCUCUGGUCUGAUGAAACAAAAAUAGAACUGUUUGGCCAUAAUGACCAUCGUUAUAUUUGGAGGAAAAAGGGGGCGGCUUGCAAGCCGAAGAACUCCAUACUAACCGUGAAGCACGGGGGUGGCAGCAUCAUGCUGUGGGGGUGCUUUGCUGCAGGAGGGACUGGUGCACUUCACAAAAUAGAUGGCGUCAUGAGGAAGUAAAAUUAUGUGGAUACAUUGAAGCAACAUCUAAAGACAUCAGUCAGGAAAUUAAAGCUUGGUCGCAAAUGGAUUUUCCAAAUGGACAAUGACCUCAAGCAUACUUCCAAAAUUGUGGGGAAAUGGCUUAAGGACAACAAAAUCAAGGUAUUGGAGUGGCCUUCACAAAGCCCUGACCUCAAUCCUAUAGAACAUUUGUGGGUAGAACUGAAAAAGUGUGUGCGAGCAAGGAGGCCUACAAACCUGACUCAGUUACACCAGCUCUGUCAGGAGGAAUGGGCCAAAAUUCACCCAACUUAUUGUGGGAAGCUUGUGGAAGGCUACCCGAAAUGUUUGACCCAAGUCAAACCAUUUAAAGGCAAUGCUACCAAAUACUAAUUGAGUGUAUGUACACUUCUGACCCACUGGGAAUGUGAUGAAAGAAAUAAAAUCUGAAAUAAAUCAUUCUCUCUACUAUUAUUCUGACAUUUCACAUUCUUAAAAUAGAGUGGUGAUCCAAAUUGACCUAAGACAGGGAAUUUUUACUAGGAUUAAAUGUCAGGAAUUGUGAAAAACUGAGUUUAAAUGUACAGGAGGGAAAAAAGUAUUUGAUCCCCUGCUGAUUUUGUACGUUUGCCCACUGACAAAGAAAUGAUCAGUCUAUAAUUUUAAUGGUAGGUUUAUUUGAACAGUGAGAGACAGAAUAACAACAAAAAAAUCCAGAAAAACGCAUGUCAAAAAUGUUAUAAAUUGAUUUGCAUUUUAAUGAGGGAAAUAAGUAUUUGACCCCCUCUCAAUCAGAACGAUUUCUGGCUCCCAGGUGUAUUUUAUACAGGUAACGAGCUGAGAUUAGGAGCACACUCUUAAAGGGAGUGCUCCUAAUCUCAGUUUGUUACCUGUAUAAAAGACACCUGUCCACAGAAGUAAUCAAUCAAUCAGAUUCCAAACUCUCCACCAUGGCCAAGACCAAAGAGCUCUCCAAGGAUGUCAGGGACAAGAUUGUAGACCUACACAAGGCUGGUAUUGGCUACAAGACCAUCGCCAAGCAGCUUGGUGAGAAGGUGACAACAGUUGGUGCGAUUAUUCGCAAAUGGAAGAAACACAAAAUAACUGUCAAUCUCCCUCGGCCUGGGGCUCCAUGCAAGAUCUCACCUCGUGGAGUCACACUACGCUGUGAAGGACUGAAAUCCUGCAGUGCCCGCAAGGUCCCCCUGCUCAAGAAAGCACAUAUACAGGCCUGUCUGAAGUUUGCCAAUGAACAUCUGAAUGAUUCAGAGGAGAACUGGGUGAAAGUGUUGUGGUCAGAUGAGACCAAAAUCGAGCUCUUUGGCAUCAACUCAACUCGCCUUGUUUGGAGGAGGAGGAAUGCUGCCUAUGACCCCAAGAACACCAUCCCCACCGUCAAACAUGGAGGUGGAAACAUUAUGCUUUGGGGGUGUUUUUCUGCUAAGGGGACAGGACAACUUCACCGCAUCAAAGGGACGAUGGACGGCGUCAUGUACUGUCAAAUCUUGGGUGAGAACCUCCUUCCCUCAGCCAGGGCAUUGAAAAUGGGUCGUGGAUGGGUAUUCCAGCAUGACAAUGACCCAAAACACACGGCCAAGGCAACAAAGGAGUUGCUCAAGAAGAGGCACAUUAAGGUCCUGGAGUGGCCUAGCCAGUCUCCAGACCUUAAUCCUAUAGAAAAUGUGGAGGGAGCUGAAGGUUCGAGUUGCCAAACGUCAGCCUCGAAACCUUAAUGACUUGGAGAAGAUCUGCAAAGAGGAGUGGGACAAAAUCCCUCCUGAGAUGUGUGCAAACCUGGUGGCCAACUACAAGAAACGUCUGACCUCUGUGAUUGCCAACAAGGGUUUUGCCACCAAGUACUAAGUCAUGUUUUGCAGAGGGGUCAAAUACUUAUUUCCCUCAUUAAAAUGCAAAUCAAUUUAUAACAUUUUUGACAUGCGUUCUUCUGGAUUUUGUUGUUGUUAUUCUGUCUCUCACUGUUCAAAUAAACCUACCAUUAAAAUUAUAGACUGAUCAUGUCUUUGUCAGUGGGCAAACGUACAAAAUCAGCUUGGGAUCAAAAUACUUUUUUCCCUCACUGUAUUUGGCUAAGGUGUAUGUAAACCUCCGACUUCAACUGUAUACAUGGCUCUGCUCCACACUACUCUACUAUAGCUACAAUAGCUACAUUGUGGAGUGGCUGUUGAACUAUUGGAAUACUUACAUAGUUUUAAUAAAAAUGACAUGGUAUAAAAACAAUUAAUUCACCAAAUUGAACUCCAGUCCAACAAAUAAAUAAUCAGCACAACAACAGCACAUCCUCAUUUCCAACUAAGAAAGUCUAACGUUUGUUUCUAUUUUCUCCAGUAAACUACAUCUGUAACAAACAUGUUUGUGUGUUCCUUCUUGUUUUCUGUUUUGUUUUGCUGUGUGAUAAUAGAGGAUCCUGCUGCUGGGUGCUGAAGAGCCACAGCCAGGAUAUCCAGCUAGUCUAGCAUGAUUUGGAGUAGGAAAUGAGCACAUCUGCUUUCCAUUCAGUGUGUAGCAUCUCUACAAGCUCAGAGAGAGGGGCCGCUUCCUCUGAAAGGUCAACAUCUUUACUGGGGCCAUGUCUGACUAAUUCCUACUGUACCUGGGAGAGGAAAAGUGUGUGUGUGUGUGUGUGUGUGUGUGUCGACAUACCAAAAAUAUACUGAAAACACAUAAUUGUUUAUGUACCUCUAUCUCUCCCUUGAAAUACCUGUUCAGGUAUCGGCUCUCAAACACUCCCAUAGGAAAUGAAGAGUAUCUUUCCAAAACGCUAUACAUCAAUUUUCAAAAUGUUGGUAAAUUAACUUUUAUAGUUUUACAUAACUUAUGAAAGAGAUUGGUAUGUUUUUUUCACUAUCUAAUCAUGGCAUGGGGUUGUUCAAUGACAGACAUGUUUUAGUUUGAAAUCUAUCACUUUAAUUUCAGAGGUUUCAUGUUGUUUACAAAAUGCUAUAUACCCAUCUCACUCUCAAUAAAAUACGUAGUACUGCUAGGUUUUACACAGUCAAAUGACUAAUAACUACAUUUUUUAUAAAUAACUGUACAAAUGAUACAUUUGUAACAUCAAUAUUUAAAUAUAAAAUGACUCAAUACAGUAACAUGAGAUCUGUAUGUAAAACAUUUACAUUUGACAUUUCAGUCAUUUAGCAGAUGCUCUUAUCCAGAGUGACUUACAGUUAAUGCAUUCAUCUUAAGAUAGCUAGGCAACACAACCACAUACUGUAUCACAGUCAAAUAUACAGUAUACAAACAUUCUAAUCCAGCUAAACAAUGGAUAUAUAGCGUUUUGCAAAGAAACACAUUUUAAUACACACCUAAAAUCUAUGAAUAAAAAAAUCUGAGAACAGUAAUAUUUUACACACAUGAAGGUACCCAUAUGCAAUCAUUUCUGGUGAAAAAACACAAAUGUGAAAAAUUGGUAGAUAUAGUGUUUUGGAAAUAAACUCUUCAAAUAUGCUUUCACCCUAUAGAUAGCCAAUUUGUUCAUGAGUAAUCCAAAGAGCACUCUGUAGUUGGACGUGUGUGUGUAGCAAAUAGCAAACAACAACCAUUGUUCAACAACAAAGAUGAAAGCAACUGGGUAGGCUAGUUAAUGAACUGGCAACUAUCUUUAUAUUAGCAAUGAAAUUCUUGCCCGUCCUUUUAAAUUAAUUGCACCAGUGUACAAGUACCUUUUCAUUCACUCAGACAACUUGAAGCUUGUUGAGAUGCUGAUGAUUACAAAGGGAGCAUUAGAGCCCUGCCAAUUCUCAGUUAGCGAGCCGCGACUAAACACAAAUACUGAACACUACCCAUUGGCUGUGCUGAAUGGUGUUUUUCAGGAGCUGCCCUGGGUGGAUUUGCUCAGCUGUCAUACAGAAAGAAUGAGAGUCGGGCAACGAGACAACAAGGAAUAAGAGGGCCGGAGUAGAAGGGGAGAGAGGGAGAGAGGGAGAGAAACGAGACAGGGCAUGGGAGAGAAAGAAAAUGAGAAAGCAAGAGAGAGGGUUUGGGUGGAAAAGGAGUGGUACAGAUGUAGGAUCUUAAUUUGAGCCAGUUUGCUACAGCAGCAAAAUAAUCAUGCAGCAAGAGGAAAUGUGAAUUAUUAUGGCUGCGUUUAGUUUUUAAUUUCCACUUGAUUUUCCCUUAUGAAAAAUGUAACUCCUACAAAAAUGUCCAUUAAUUGUAAUUUGAUUGGUCUAAAGACAGGCAGCCCAAUUCUAAUCUUUUUUUCACUAAUUGGUCUUUAGACCAAUCAAAUCAGCUCUGAAAAAGAUCUGAUGUGAAAAGAGCUGAUGUGAUUGGUCAAAAUACCAAUUAGUGGAAAAAAGAUCAGAAUUGGGCUGCCUGUGUAUAUGCAACACGGGGUUGAUACAUUUUUCAUAAGGGAAAAUCAAGUGGAAAUUACAAACUUCAGAAGCCUUUUUAAACCUCAAAUACAUUACAAGUUUUAAAUGUCCCGCAGUGCAGUAAAGUUAUCCUGCAACAGGGUGAUCAAAUUAAUAUCCUGUGAAAAACAUGUUUAUGUAGUACAUGGAGGCUGGGCUGAGGAGCCACAGCCCACCCUGUCCCCAGAGUUAAGAGAAGAUGUCUCUUAUCACAGGAAGUUAGUUUUACCACUAUCAGACUGGGGAUCACAAGCUAUUCCUCUGCUUUUGCAGCUUCCUGUGUUUCUAUUGAUGUAAUUUGAGUGGGAGAGCACAGUAGCCUGCAGUAUGAUGAUUUUGAUACUGUACUCGAUUCUACUGCAUUGUUGCGUGACUUAAAAUAUCCUGUUUAUUCUUGAAGUAAUCUAAAGUAGAAUGUUUGAAAUGGGAAUAAAGUACAACAUUCUUCUGUAGAGAAUUCUAAGAACUAUUUCUGACAGAAUUUUGCUUUCAUGAUGAUGAAUCGCACACUCUUGCUGUAAUUUUUCAGUCCAGUCAUGUCAUCUUUGGAACAAGAGGUUUUGACUGACAGUAUACAGCUGUGAAGUGGGUGACAAUAGGGAUUGAGUUUACUGUAUUGUUGUUGAGUGAUAUGUCUGGGUAUUAACUACUACGAGCUGUUGUAAUCCAGUGUGAGUAUGAUCUCUAUGCAUGACCAGUCUCCUUCAGCUGUCAUAGUGGCAGAGGACCCAGGGCCCCAGCCAGGUCCAACUAGGAGCAGAGAGGAGAGGCCUGGGAUGUUUACAGUGGCCUGAAAUGCCCUUUCUGUCCCUCUCUCCCUGGGGAAGAGAAAAUGGAAAGGGAAGAAGGAAAGGGAGGGAGAGAAUAGGAGAUAAGAGAGAGAGAGAUAGACGUAAGAUAGAGAGAGAGAGAGAGAGUAGAGUAGUCUAUAUAGUGAAGCCGAGCUAGACUAAGAGAGCAUGUUCGAUAUCUAGCUAGAGGCUCUAUAUCUCUCUCUCUCUCUCGAUCGCGCUUAUCUCUCUCCUAUCUCUCUCUCUCUCUCCUCUCUCUCUCUCUCUCUCUCUUCUCUCUCUCUUGUCAGUUUCUGUCUAUCUCUCUCUCUCUCUCUCUCGACCCCCCCCCCCCCCCCCCUCUCUCUCUGUGUGUGUCUGUCUGUAUGCCUGCCUGCCUGUCUGUCUGUCCGUCUCUUAUUCCAUGGGCCUGAAAUGCCCUGUUUGUCUCUCUCUCGCCAUGGGCCUGAAAUGCCCUGUUUGUCUCUCUCUCUCCAUGGGCCUGAAAUACCCUGUUUGUCUCUCUCUCUCCCUGGGCCUGAAAUACCCUGUCUGUCACUCUCUCCCAAGGUCUGAAAGGCACUGUCUGUUGCUUUCUCUCUCUCACUUACAGUUGAAGUCGGAAGUUUACAUACACUUAGGUUGGAGUCAUUAAAACUUGUUUUUCAACCACUCCACAAAUGUCUUGUUAACAAACUAUACUUUUGACAAGUCGGUUAGGACUAAAUUUUUACAGUCAGAUUAUUUCACUUAUAAUUCACUGUAUCACAAUUCCAGUGGGUCAGAAGUUUACAUACACUAACUUUAAACAGCUUGGAAAAUUCCAGAAAAAGAUGUCAUGGCUUUAGAAGCUUCUGAUAGGCUAAUUGACAUAAUUUGAGUCAAUUGGAGGUGUACCUGUGGAUGUAUUUCAAGGCCUACCUUCAAACUCAGUGCCUCUUUGCUUGACAUCAUGGGAAAAUCCAAAAAAAUCAGCCAAGACCUCAGAAAAAAAAUGGUAGACCUCCACAAGUCUGGUUCAUCCUUGGGAGCAAUUUCCAAACACCUGAAGGUACCACAUUCAUCUGUACAAACAAUAGUACGCAAGUAUAAACACCAUGGGACCACACAGCCGUCAUACCGCUCAGGAAGGAGACGCGUUCUGUCUCCUAGAGAUGAACGUAUUUUGGUGCGAAAAGUGCAAAUCAAUCCCAGAACAACAGUAAAGAACCUUCUGAAGAUGCUGGAGGAAACAGGUACAAAAGUAUCUAUAUCCACAGUAAAACGAGUCCUAUAUCGACAUAACCUGAAAGGCCGCUCAGCAAGGAAGAAGCCACUGCUCCAAAACCGCCAUAAAAAAGCCAGACUAUGAUUUGCAACUGCACAUGUGGACAAAGAUCGUACUUUUUGGAGAAAUGUCCUCUGGUCUGAUGAAACAAAAAUAGAACUGUUUGGCCAUAAUGACCAUCGUUAUGUUUGGAGGAAAAAGGGAGUUGCUUGCAAGCAGAAGAACACCAUCCCAAGAGUGAAGCACAGGGGUGGCAGCAUCAUGCUGUGGGGGUGCUUUGCUGCAGGAGGGACUGGUGCACUUCACAAAAUAGAUGGCAUCAUGAGGAAGGAAAAUUAUGUGGAUAUAUUGAAGUAACAUCUCAAGACAUCAGUCAGGAAGUUAAAGCUUGGUCGCAAAUGGGUCUUCCAAAUGGACAAUGACCCCAAGCAUACUUCCAAAGUUGUGGAUAAAUGGCUUAAGGACAACAAAGUCAAGGUAUUGGAGUGGCCAUCACAAAGCCCUAACCUCAAUCCUAUAGAAAACUUGUGGGCAGAACUGAAAAAGCGUGUGCGAGCUAGGAGGCCUACAAACCUGACUCAGUUACAUCAGCUCUGUCAGGAGGAAUGGGCCAAAAUUCACCCAACUUAUUGUGGGAAGCUUGUGGAAGGCUACCCGAAACAUUUGACCCAAGUUAAACAAUUUAAAGGCAAUGCUACCAAAUACUAAUUGAGUGUAUGUCUGGGUAUUAACUAACCCACUGGGAAUGUGAUGAAAGAAAUACAAUCUGAAAUAAAUCAUUCUCUCUACUAUUAUUCUGACAUUUCACAUUCUUAAAAUAAAGUGGUGAUCCUAACUGACCUAAGACAGGGAAUUUUUACUAGGAUUAAAUGUCAGGAAUUGUGAACAAACUGAGUUUAAAUGUAUUUGGCUAAGGUGUAUGUAAACUUGAACUGUAAAUGCACUGUCUGUCCCUCUCUCCUUGUCCUGUAUCUAUCUCUCCCUGAGCCUGAAAUGCCCUGUCUGUCUAUCACCGUCUCUCUGGGUCUUAAAUACCAUGUCUGUCUCUCUCUCCCAUGGCCACACAGCCAAGGACUAUCCUUCUCUGUUCAAUAACUUUCAGAUCCAGGCAGCAAAGUGGAGAAAUGAUUCACCUGUUGACAGAUUGUUCACAGUGCAACUAGAGUGGCUAUGAACAGUCUGGCUGAGUUUGAGUGUGUUUGUGUACAAACCCUGAAAUAUUAUCCACGAUGGACUACUAAAUAUCCAUCCACAUUAUAACAACAGAAACAAAUAAGCAAAUAAACUGAACUGCAGUUCAGCUGUGUGUGCAUGUGUGUGUGCAUGCAGGCACAUUUUGUUCCUGUGUGUGUGUGUGUGUUUUUCUGCAUUUGACAGCCCUGGUGUGUGCAUGUGUACAUGUGUAACGCAUGCCUUCACACAUUUGUGGCCUAUUGGUAAACUCACUCUUCUCCCUUCCCCAGGUAUCUCUCGGACGGAGAAGGACAAAGGUACUCUGUAUGAGCUCACCUUCAAAGGGGACCAGAGCCGUGAGUUCAGGAAGCUGGUUCUGUUUCGUCCCUUUGGGCCGCUAAUGAAGGUGAAGAACGAGAGGGUGGAUACAGCUAAUGUCCCCAUCAACAUCAUAGUGCCCCUCUCCCAGAGGGCCGACAAGUUCAGACACUUCAUGCACAACUUCAGGUGAGAGCCACUCAGUUAUUCAUGCAUGUUAUUGGCUCUUUCGCCCCUCUCCUCUUCCUUGCAACUCUUUCCCCGGGUUGUUGCUAUAAAUCAGAAAGUGUUCUCCGGCAACCUACCUAAGAAAUAAGGGUAAAAUAAGGGUUAAUAAAUAAAUAAAAAAGCAUGUUCAUUUGUAUUAACUGUGAUAAUUUUAUGCAAUAACUGAGUUAAAGAGAAUGAGAAACAGAUUAUACAGUAGUUAUCCAUGUUUGACAUUCCUAGUUUGUCACAGCAGUAAGGAUUCAAAAUAAAGGAAGUAUUUGAUCUGUUACUCUGAUAGCCACAGUAAGUCUCUCUGUUAGAGACUCUAUAAUUCCUGUAAUUUGUUACACUCCUGUGCAGCUGCUUAUCAGGGCUUUGAGGGGGUUUUCUGGCAAAUCCUGCUUAGUAGCAGUCUUAAACCCAGCACAUUAAACUGCCCCCCGGACUCAGCGGGAACCUGUGAAAUAGUGGUGCUGUUCAUGCUGUACGAAGGUUCCCUGAGUCGCUGAGCAAACGCUUUGGUCGUGUGUGUGUGUGUGUGUGUGUGUGUGUGUGUGUGUGUGUGUGUGUGUGUGUGUGUGUGUGUGUGUGUGUGUGCGCCAUGUGCAGCUUCUUCACAUGGAUAGAAGAGGAAUGUGAGGUAGAACUGACAGUCUUUCAGAAGCCAUGUGACACAUUUACUGAGCACAGCAUGUACAUUUGCUGUGUCUCGAUCAGAAUGUCUGUUGCUACAGUUCUAGAAUGUCACACUAGUGCUGGAGAUCGAUCGCUCUAGGCUUCUAUCUGGUACCAGGUCCUCAUUGUGUGACUCUAUACUAUAGAAACAUAACAUAACAUACUGUAUGUAGCCUGUACAUUUUUUUUUUUUUUUUCACCUUUAUUUAACCAGGUAAACCAGUUGAGAACAAGUUCUCAUUUACAACUGCGACCUGGCCAAGAUAAAGCAAAGCAGUGCGAUAAAAACAACAACACAGAGUUACAUAUGGGGUAAAACAAAACAAAGUCAAAAAUACAACAGAAAUACAUAUAAUAUACAGUGUGUGCAAAUUUAGCAAGUAAUGGAGGUAAGGCAAUAAAAUAGGCUAUAGUGCAAAAUAAUUACAAUUAGUAUUGACACUGGAAUGAUAGAUGUGCAAGAGAUGAUGUGCAAAUAGAGAUACUGGGGUACAAAUGAGCAAAAUAAAUAACAAUAUAGGGAUGAGGUAGUUGGGCGGGCUAAUUUCAGAUGGGCUGUGUACAGGUGCAGUGAUCGGUAAGGUGCUCUGACAACUGAUGCUUAAAGUUAGUGAGGGAGAUAAGUGUCUCCAGCUUCAGAGAUUUUUGCAGUUUGUUCCAGUCAUUGGCAGCAGAGAACUGGAAGGAAUUGCGGCCAAAGGAGGUGUUGGCUUUGGGGAUGACCAGUGAGAUAUACCCGCUGGAGCGCAGACUACGGGUGGGUGUUGCUAUGGUGACCAAUGAGCUAAGAUAAGGCAGGGAUUUGCCUAGCAGUGAUUUAUAGAUGGCCUGGAGCCAGUGGGUUUGGCGACGAAUAUGUAGUGAGGACCAGCCAACAAGAGCGUACAGGUCACAGUGGUGGGUAUUAUAUGGGGCUUUGGAGACAAAACGGAUGGCACUGUGAUAGACUACAUCCAAUUUGCUGAGUAGAGUGUUGGAGGCUAUUUUGUAAAUGACAUCGCCGAAGUCAAGGAUCGGUAGGAUAGUCAGUUUUACGAGGGCAUGUUUGGCAGCAUGAGUGAAGGAGGCUUUGUUGCGAAAUAGGAAACCGAUUCUAGAUUUAACUUUGGAUUGGAUGUGAGUCUGGAAGGAGAGUUUACAGUCUAACCAGACACCUAGAUAUUUGUAGAUGUCCACAUACUCUAGGUCAGACCCGUCGAGAGUAGUGAUUCUAGUCGGGUGGGCGGGUGCAAGCAGCGUUCGGUUGAAGAGCAUGCAUUUAGUUUUACUAGUGUUUAAGAGCAGUUGGAGGCUACUGAAGGAGUGUUGUAUGGAAUUGAAGCUCGUUUGGAGGUUUGUUAACACAGUGUCCAAUGAAGUACAUAUACAGUAUGCACCAGUGGAGGCUGGUGGGACGAGUUGUAGGAGGAUGGGCUCAUUGUAAUGGCUGGAAUGGAAUCAUUGGAACGGAGUCAAACAUGUGGUUUCCAUAGAGGAUCUAGAUACAUUUUCUAACCUCUGGAUUACAACCAAAUUAUGAAAAUUUACUAUAUUACGUAUUGGAUCACUAAAAAAUACAAUUUUUACAUUACCAUGUAGUUUACCAAUAAAAUGGUCUGAUGGUGAUGUGGAUAUACUCGGAAUACAUAUCCCAAAAUAGAUAAAUGAUCUCACUCCAAUACAUUUUUUUAUAAAAAGUUAGCAAAAAUAGAUAAGAUCUUGCUACCAUGGAAAGGUAAAUACCUGUCAAUUUGUGGAAAAAUCUCCCUGAUUAACUCUUUAGUAUUAUCCCAGUUUACCUAUUUGCUUAUGGUCUUGCCUACGCCUAGCAAACAGUUUUUUAAAUUAUAUGAUAAAAAAAUAUUCCAUUUUAUUUGGAACGGCAAACCAGACAAAAUUAAACGGGCCUAUUUAUAUAAUUAAUAUGAAUUCGGAAGGACAGAAAUUAUUAAAUAUUAAAUCAUUAGACCUAUCACUAAAAGCUUCAGUCAUACAAAAGUUAUACUUAAAUACGAACUGGUUCUCUAGCAAAUUAGUAAGAUUGUCUCACCCAAUGUUCAAGGAUGGCCUUUUUCCCUUUAUUCAGAUUACAACCUCUCACUUUCAGUUAUUUGAAAAGGAAAUAAUCUCCCAAAUAUCACUAUUUCUAAAACAAGCCAUAGAAAGUUGGUUGCAAUUUCAAUUUAAUCCUCCAGAAACGACAGAACAAAUAAUGCACACAAACAUUGUGGUUAAACUCAAAUAUACUAAUUGAUAAAAUACCGGGGGUUUUUUACAGAAAAAAAUAAAAAAAGGUAUAAUCUUUGUAAAUGAUAUCAUCGGUAGGACUGGUGGAGUUAUGUCGCACAUGCAGCUAACAAAAACAUAUGGAAAUGUCUGCUCUACCCAAAAUUACAACCAAAUAAUUGCAGCAUUACCGCAAAAAUGGAAGAGGAAAGUGGAAGGGGAAAAAAUUAGGAACUUGUCUGUCGGCCUUGCAUUAAAGAACAUAACUGGUUAAAGAAAACUGUAAAUAAAAGCCGUCCCAUAUAGAUUGCACAAUUCCAUGGCAUAGUGUUUAUGAACUGAUACGCAAAACGACGCCGGAUUCAAAACUUAGAAUUUUUCAAAUUAAAUUAUUAUAUAACAUUCUUGCUACCAAUAGAAUGUUAUUUAUAUGGGGGAUACAAUCUUCCCAGCUCUGCAGAUUUUGCUGCGAAGAGACAGAAUCAUUAGAUCAUUUGUUUUGGUACUGUCCAUUUGAUGCUUGUUUUUGGACACAGGUCCAGGAAUGGCUAAAGGAUUGCAAUAUUUACCUGGAGCUAACCCUGCAGAUAGCAUUACUGGGUGAUCUGAAAAGUCAUAGUCAAUCGAUCAAUAAUAUAAUAAUAAAAAUGUCUAUUUUCAAUUUACAAUCUGUAGAAACAAUGAGAAUAGAAAGGUUCAGAACUUUUGUAAAACAUCACAGUACAGUUGAAAAAUAUAUGGCAAAUAGAAAUCCAAUAUGGAUGGUGUUAAGAGAUAGAUGGGUGGUGUUGAAUGGAGUUGAAGGAUGGGACUAAUAACAACUAACAACAACUAAAUACAACAAGAUAACUAAUAAUUACAUUUACAUUUACAUUUUAGUAAUUUAGCAGAUGCUCUUAUCCAGGGCACAUCGACAGAUUUUUCACCUAGUCGGCUUGGGGAUUAGAACCAGCGACCGUUCAGUUACUGGCACAACGCUCUUAACCACUAAGCUACCUGCCGCCCAUAAUGUAAGCAUACUGUGUCCAUAAUAAAUAUAUAGGUUAUAGGUUGAAAGCUUUUGUGAAAGAGCACAGUUAGAAACAUAUGGCAUAUAGAAGCAAACCGGAUGGACAUCAUGAAAAUGAUCGGAGCGGUUGAGGGUAGAGGAAGUUCAGGAGUAAAAACAAACAAAAUAUAAUUAUUGUAAAAUUAACUGUGUCCAUAAAAUGUAUGUAGUAUGUAUACGCUGGAAGUAGUGGCCUAAGCAUUGUUGUUCACUAGUUUACUCCAAUUAGGGAAGGGGUGGUGGGGUUGGAAAGUAAUAAAGGGAAAUAAAAAAUAAAAAAUAAAAAGUGGUUUCCAUAAGUGCAAUGUGUUUGAUACCGUUCCAUUUAUUCCAUUCCAGCCAUUACAAUGAACCCGUCCUCCUAUAGCUCCUCCCACCAGCCUCCACUAGUAUGCACCUACCCUUAAGGGGACUCUCUGAUCUGUAACCCCAUUUGAACUGACCUCUGUUAUUGCUACAGUAUAUGUUUUCUUUCAAAUACUUUGAACUUUUUGUCUCAGCCUACCUUCAGUGCAAAUGUGCAGGGUUUGCACCUUGGGGAUUAUUCCAUCGGUUCCAUUGCGCCAGGCAAGCUUCAAACGCAUCUAAAGUCUGCUGAAAGAAAACAAAUGAUUUCAACCUAGGUUACCUUCCCCUUGGCCCUCUCUGUGCUUGGGUUGUGUAUAAUAAGUCCCCUGCUCUGUUUGAUUCAUUAUUUCUUCAUUUGUUUGUGUGUGUUGUUGCAGAGAGGUGUGUGUGCGGCAGGAUGGGCGAGUUCACCUCACAGUGGUGUACUUUGGGAAGGACCAGAUGAAUGAAGUCAGGAGCACUCUGGAGAACAUGUCUAGGUGGGUGGACACACACACAUCCACACACACACACAGACACAUAAACAGACAUACACACAUACACAAUGACAGAAAGUGAUUUAGUUUAACAAGUUAUUUUUUUAAUAAUCUAAAGAUGAUAGGGGUCAAAAUUAUUGACACCCCUGUUUUCAAUACUCCUGCCCCUUUUGAGGAUAACUGAACUGAGCCUUUUUCUCAAAUGUUUUAUGAGAUUGGAGAGCACAUUGGGAGGGAUCUUAGACCAUUCCUCCAUACAGAAUCUUUCCAGAUCCUUAAUAUCCUUCGUCUGUGCUUAUGGACUGCUCUCUUCAAUUCAAACCACAGGUUUUCAAUGGUGUGAGACUGAGAUGGCCAUUGCAAAAUGUAGAUUAUGUGGUUAAUUAACCAUUUAUUUGAGGAUUUUGAUGUGUGCUUGGGGUUAUUGUCUUGCUGGAAGAUCCACUUGUGGCCAAGUGCCAGCCUCCUGGCAAAGGCAACCAGGUUUUUGUCUAAAAUGUAAUGGUUCUUGGUAAGGGGACAGUGCUAGAGUAUUGAAAAUAGGGGUGUCAAUAAUUUUGACCCCUACCUUUUUCAGAUGUUUGUAUUACUUGUUAAACUAAAUCUCUUUCUCUGAGCAAUUGUAUUGGUAUACAAUAAUAUACUUAAAAAACAUGUGAGCAUACAAUAUGUAUUGUUUAUUUUAUACUGUCUUUUUUGCUCAUUUUUAUCAAGGGACCCCACUGUACAUACAUUCCCCCCCCCCCACAUGCACAAAAACACGAUCACACACAUACCCACACACACUCUCACACACACACACACACACCCACACACACUCUCACACACACACACACACCCACACACACUCUCACACACACACACACACCCACACACUCACGAAUACACACACACAAACACACACUCCCUGUCUCUGUUUAUAGCAACUCAGAAACCUCAGCCCCGUCUGAUGAAUAAUGUAGGAGUGUGAACACCCAGAGGCACUCAGUGACCUCUGCCAGUGUCGGAUAUUACAGGUCUGGGAUCAGGGCUGACAGCGGUCGCAGUGAAAUUAGUGUCUUGCCCGCAGAAACAAUUACAGGUCCAGGGUCAAUUUGAGAUCGUCUUGUGGGGGAGAUUAGUUCACAUGGUACUCUGGUACUGUGCUGAUUAUCUGGUAGGUUGCCAUGGAGACGCUGUGCCCACCCCUGGCCGGAUGGUUUGCAGGGGUAGAAAGAGAAAGAAGGAGAGAAAGAGAGAAGGAGAGAGAAAGAGUUGCACACCUCAUGCUAGGCUUUGAGCUCGUUUCAGAUGUCACACCACAGCUUUUUCUCUCUCUCGCUCUCUCGCUCUCUCGCUUUCUCGCUCUCAAUGACAAUGAGGCAGACAGUAUUGUCUAGAAAGAGAAAUCUGAUGAGAGCCAAGGUCUUUCACUCAAAGAUAUCUAAUUCUCAACAGCUCUCCUGUCUCUGGGAAUGGCCUAGGCGGUUUGUUUGUGAUGGUGUGAAUAGUUAAACGGAGAAAGGCAAGACGUUGUCCUUGUACAUUCUCUCUGAGACAGUGACCUCCGCUAAUGAGUUGUCUCUGUGCAAGGUUAAGAGUUGUGUUAGUCCUUGGAUAAUUUGUUUGCUUUGUUCCCAACAAAUACCAUAGACACAGCAUGUGUGUAACAAGACAUAUGUUGAUAUCUGUUAUCUAGACAGUCUCACUCAAGUCUUCAACUAGUUGAAAGACAACUGAGCGCUACAAAGAGUCCCUAGUUCUUGCUAGUUUUUUUGUACCACAAUUACUCUGAUAACGAAUAUCUUAACAGCCAUAAACAGUCUCACGAUUGAGCUCACAUCAGACCUGGAUUCAAAUAGUAAUUGUUGACUUUCAAAUGAUUUAGCUGUGUUUGUGAGCUUGCCCUGGCACUCCAGGCAGACUCAAUAAAACACUUAAAGUAACACUAUUUGAAACCAUGUCUGCUACAGUUCAGGAUGGAGCUCACAUGAUACCAAACAUAUCUACUGUAUCAAUCAUGGUCUGUCCUCUUGUCACCUUAUAAACAGCUCUCUGUCGUCAAUGCAUUCCAUCGCCAUGGUUACAUAACACUUCAUCUGACUCUGGAUCAGCCACUUUAAUCAAGCACUGAUCUCCUAGAGAGAAGGAGAACAACAUCCAAACUCCAAUCUCUCCCUUUCCCUAUUCCUUUUUCUGUUGAAUUGGUCUGAAUGGUUAUCGAUUUAUGUGACGGUAGAAUUUAGCCUUGGGCGAUGAUCUGAAUCCUGCCUGCCCUUAUUUUAGCUUUGCCGAUGUCAAUAUAUCUGUUUCCAACAGCAGGCACCGCAUGGAUCAUUUGCUGCUACUGCUGCUGCUUCUGCCCUGACUAAAUCAAAGUCUUCCUUCCCUAUCCAAAUACUAUUUACCCCUUUUGUACUGUAUGUGUUCAUAAUCAUAGGGGCAAGCACUGUAUCCAAAUCAGUUAAAUCACAUCAGCAAAGUAGAGAGACAGAGCAGGUUGAAAUAAAGUUAAACUCCUUAUGCUGUAUGUUAGUGAGCUGUACCAGACAACGAGACAUGCUUAUCAUGUCAAACACGCUUCAACCAGUAACUGUCCAUCACUCCAGUUUGAGAUGGACAGAGACACACCGAGCUGUUUGCAGAGUUGGGAAAUCGAUAGACAUGAAUAAAUGAAUGUCCAUAAGGGAGAGAGGAGAGGAGAGGAGAAGAGAUGCAUCAAAGAAGAGAUACAGCAGAGAAGAGAAGAGAGUGGAAGAGGAGAGACAGUUUUGAGCCCAGGGUGAGAGCUGAACGCUUGUGAACCACAGAUGCCCUCAGAACAUAAACACAAGCCCACCAGCUCCCAGCGCACAGUGAAUGCUAAUGCACCAUUCCUACAUCUCCACAGAGGGAUCAGCUCCUCAGGGAGACAGACAAAGCACUGCAUCCUGUCAAAAAACCUUAAUCACAGAGUAGUGUAGGAUUUCAUAUGGAUGACACAAUAUUGUGGCUUUUCAGGAAACUGGAAGCCGGAAUGUGUACUUUCAGUGUUUUCAGUGUUUCCAUCCAAUGUUUAUGUUUAUCCACUUAAAGUAAAUUAAAUAUAUCUCUCAUUAUGCUGUAUCUUUCAUACACACAAACACACACACACACACACUUGAAAACUACUCCAGCCCUGCUUAAUGGGGCCUUGCCUGAGGCUUGCGUCCACACACGUCUACAUUUUUAAUGACCAGUACUGAUGAUGUUUCUUCAAAACAUUUACUGAAUCCUAACUCUCCAGGGUCCUCCAAAACACUAGAGGCACCAGCUCUCAGACAAAUGGGCAGUGAGUGCUCUCACUCAGACAGAUAUACUCCUCAGGGUAUAUAAACAUACAUACACACACACUCUCACACACACACUCACUAAGAAAGUGAGACUCCUCAGGGUAUUAACAGUAGACAGAGAGGGGUCUUGAAUUCCUAGUUGAAGAUUUCCCCUCCCUGGAGGCAGCAGACAGACAGUAGCUCCUUCCUGUGCUGGUUUGACAUGGCAGUACUGAGGAUGGCUGGAAAAGCCUUGACUGAAGUAGAUAGAAGGAUAUAGAGAGAGCGAAAGAGAGAGAGAGAGCGGGGUGGGGGGCUGUCCCAGACCAGCACCAGACGGACAUGCCAAACCAGGAUCACAAAAGGAAAUAUCCAGAGUAUGUUUUGGCCUGAGGCUUGCGGCUGCUUGAAUCACAGUGAAAACACUCGAACCAGCAGCCUGAAUCCUAAACUAAUCCCACUCCUACCCACUACUAAUAUGAUUUAAAUAAAAUCAAAUGUUAUUUGUCAUAUGCGCCAAAUACAACAGGUGUAAAGCUUACAGUGAAAUGCUCACUUACAAGCCCUUAACCAACAAUGCAGUUUUAAGAAAGAAUACCCAAAAAAAAUCACAAAAAAAUACUAUAUAAAAUAAUAUGAAAUAAAAGUAACAAAUAAUUAAAGAGCAGCAGUAAAAAUAAGGCUAUAUUCAGGGGGUACCGGUACCGAGUCAAUGUGCGAGGGCACAGGUUAGCUUUUAACUACUCUAAAGGAUUGCUGGCCCAUAUACAUAUUUAAUGCUUAUGUUUUUGAUAAUUUGUGGUUUAAAAGGUAUUUAUCCGAUGUGGGAACAAACUCCCACGGGACUUUGCAAACAAUGUUUUAAUGUCCUAAGUUUUUCUGGGGACUUAAAAGAUUUUGUGCACCUUGAAUAAACAACAGCUGGCUGGGAAUUCUAGUGGCUACAUUUACAAGCAUACAUUCUGCUCUAUUACGAGUUUUAGAACGUGUAUAUGGUAGACAUGCAUGUGUGCAUUUUUGCUUUUAUGGGUGUAUCUGUGGGUUCUGUGUUUCUGUCUGUCUAUCUGUCUGUAUUUGUCUGCCAGUCUGUCUGUCCAUAUGUCUGGGCACACCAACCAACCAACCAACACGUGGGUUUUUCUGUUCUGGCCACACCAGCCAAUACGUGGGUGUUUCUGUUCUGGCCACACCAGCCAAUACGUGGGUGUAUCUGUUCUGGCCACACCAGCCAAUACGUACAGUACCAGUCAUAAGUUUGGACACACCUACUCAUUCAAGGGUUUUUCUCAAUUUUUACAAUUUUUUACAUUGUAGAAUAAUAGUGUAGACAUCAAAACUAUGAAAUAACACACAUGGAAUCAUGUAGUAACCAAAAAAGUGUUAAACAAAUCAAAAUAUAUUUUAUAUUUGAGAUUCUUCAAAUAGCCACUCUUUGCCUUGAUGACAGCUUUGCACAUUCUUGGCAUUCUCUCAACCAGCUUCACCUGGAAUGCUUUUCCAAAAGUAUUGAAGGAGUUCCCACAUAUGCUGAGCACUUGUUGGCUGCUUUUCCUUCACUGUGCCGUCCGACUCAUCCCAAACCAUCUCAAUUGAGUUGAGGUCAGGGGAUUGUGGAGGCCAGGUCAAUCGAUGCAGCACUCCAUCACUCUCCUUCUUGGUUAAAUAGCCCUUACACAGCCUGGAGGUGUGUUGGGUCAUUGUUCUGUUGAAAAAUAAAUGAUUGUCCCACAAAGCCCAAACCAGAUGGGAUGGCGUAUCGCUGCAAAAUGCUGUGGUAGCCAGGCUGGUUAAGUGUGCCUUGAAUUCUAAAUAAAUCACAGACAGUGUCACCAGCAAAGCACCCCCACACCAUAAUACCUCCUCCUCCAUGCUUUACGGUGGGAACUACACAUGUGGAGAUCAUCCGUUCACCCACACCGCGUCUCACAAAGACACGGCGGUUUGAACCAAAAAUCUCCAAUUUGGACUCCAGACCAAUGGACACAUUUCCACCGGUGUUUCUUGGCCCAAGCAGGUCUCUUCUUAUUGGUGUCCUUUAGUAGUGGUUUAUUUGCAGCAAUUCGACCAUGAAGGCCUGAUUCCCACAGUCCCCUCUGAACAGUUGAUGUUGAGAUGUGUCUGUUACUUUAACUCUGUGAAGCAUUUAUUUGGGCUGCAAUUUCUGAGGCUGGUAACUCUAAUGAACUUAUCCUCUGCAGCAGAGGUAACUCUGGGUCUUCCAUUCCUGUGGCGGUCCCAUGAGAGACAGUUUCAUCAUUUCAUCAUGCAAAGCUGUCAUCAAGGCAAAGAGUGGCUAUUUGAAGAAUCUCAAAUAUAAAAUAUAUUUUGAUUUGUUUAACACUUUCUGGGUUACUACAUGAUUCCAUAUGUGUUAUUUCAUAGUUUUGAUGUCUUCACUAUUAUUCUACAAUGUAAAACAUUGUAAAAAAUUAAGAAAAACCCUUAAAUGAGUAGGUGUGUCCAAACUUUUGACUGGUAGUGUAGGUGUUUCUGUUCUGGCCACACCAGCCACUACAUGGAUGUAUCUGUUCUGGCCACACCAGCCAGUACUUGGGUGUAUCUGUUUUGGCCACACCAGCCAAUACGUGGUUGUAUCUGUGUGUGUCUAAGCAGGAUUAAGUACAUGUACACUGGUCCUAAAUCUAUGUUUUCUUUCUGACAGCAGAUAUGUCAGUCUCCAUACAGAUUAAUCUGAAAUCAAAUAUACAGUUCAUCUAUUCCAGAGCCAGAGUCCCCAGGGAGGAGAGAGGGAGCCCUUCCCUCUGGUUCGGUUAGGCUAGAUGCUGAUAUUUUUUUAAUUUUUUAUUUAACCUUUAUUUAACCAGGAAGGGCUCGUAGAGAUUUUAAAUCUCUUUUUCAAGAGCGUCCUGGCCAAGAUAGGCAGCAUCAAGUCAUUACACAAUUACAGACAGACAUCAUGAAAAACUACAAAUAAUCUAUUAAAAACCAUAGAAAUCACAGGAGUAUAACGAAAUCAUAAAACAGCAAAUUAAAAACAUUGACAGGUCAAGGAAUCAGCCUCAAAAUCCUUCAUCAAUGAUUUAAAAACACCAAUCAGGACAAGUUCUUCCAUAUUAAAACUAUUUUGUAAGGCGUUCCAAGCCGAUGGUGCAGAGUACAUAAAAGCCCUUUUACCAAAUUCAGUUCGGACAUUUUGAACAGUUAGCAGGAGAAAGUCCUGCGAACGAAGAGAAUACCCACCACAUUUCUGAAGAAUAAAAAUGCCCAGAUAAGAUGGUAGUAAACCCAAAAUGGCUUUGUAAAUAAAAGUAUACAAGUGACUGAGCCUACGAGUGACUAGAGAAGGCCAGCCAAACCUGGUAUAUAAAGUGCAAUGGUGCAAGGGGUUUGCAAUUUAAAAUAAAUCUCAAUGCUCCAUGGUAAAGGGUGUCAAUUGAUCUCAAACACUGAGCGGAUAGAGAGAUGAUGGGAGAAGGACUCCGUACUGGGAAUAGCCUACAGGCUAUAGUGUCAGGCUGAACUACAGAUGCCAUAUCUUAAUUUGACCCAGUUUCUCACAGCAGGAAAAUAAUCCAGCAGCAACAGGAAAUGUGAAUUAUUAUGUGUAUUAUAAUGAAUGGACAUUUUUUGUAGGUGUUCAUAAAUUUUUCAUUAGGGCAAAUCGUUAUGGCAAAUUGUCGGACCCAAGUAAGACUAGCUGUCGCCAUUGGCGUCGGCUAAUGGGGAUCCCAAUAAAUCAAAUCAAAUCCAGUCUCAAAUUCUAAAGUGGAAAUUAGAAACUUUAGAAGCCUUUUUAAACCUUGAAUACACUACAAGUUUGCAUUUCCAUUUCCAGGACGAUCAAAUUAAGAUACGGCAUCUGUACUCAAACUGUCACGUCGCCUCCCGCCGUAUAACUAGCUUGGAGGAACGUCUAAGCCUGCAGUGUAAAGCUAGAGAUCAGGCUGCAACCAACGUCGUCCUAUAGUCACCAUUCUGAAAUAUCACACAAUGCUAUAGCAGACUAUGAAUCCCAUAAUAAAAGGCACAUGAAUCAAGUUUCGAUAUUAUAUGUUCAUAAUAACUCGAUAAUAAAAUCAUCAGGAUUACGUUCCUUAUGUUCUUUGAACUGCUGGUCGGAAACAGUCCUGCUAGCUGGUCAUAUUGAGGGGCUGAAUCUAUGGGUUGUCUCUGGAAAUAUUAUCUGUUUAUCUUCCACUAUCAGACCUGUAAAUAAAAUACAUCACAGUCCAUCAUCAUUUAUGUCACAGAUGAGUGAUUAUGUUCUCUUUUUAACUGGAAAGUUUAAUGUAUGAUCCAUUUUGGGCAUAAAUAUGUGAUCAUGUGAGAGCGUUCAUUUAAUAAUGCAUUAGCAAUUUUAUAGUGUUCACAUCUCAAACAAUUAAUUGCAAUGUUUUCUGGAGAUUCUCACUAUUUCCCCCUAGUGCAAGGCCCAAGGUUAGGAAUUGAUGCAUAAUUUAUCCUGAUGGAUCCUGCAGUGUGUGUGUGUGUGUGUGUGUGUCUUUGAACUCCCAUAGCAGACCUUAGUCUGCAGUCUCUCUCUCUCUCUCUCUCUCUCUCUCUCGGUCUCUCUCGGUCUCUCUCUCGGUCUCUGUCUCUGUCUGUGUACAGUGGCAGGCUUGUAUUUGAGUUGAGCCCACAAAGUGCCACUCUCUAUCCACACUAUCCACAAGGGCAUAAUCCCACACUAAUAAAGGAACAUCAGUCAGUGGUUGUUUACCGUGGGUGGAGGAUAAUAAUGCCUAAAGGAGGCUGAGAUGUCAAAAAAUACAUUUGUCACAUUGACGGAGUGAGUAGCAUAUUAACUAGCAUUAAUUAGCCUCUCAUCACAGAAACCUAUGGGGCUCUGGUCAAAAACCGUGCCCUACAGUAUGUCGGGCAUACUGUAGUUGCCAUUUGGGUCACAGCCAUCAUGUAGCCACUUUACAAACCUGAUCUUAUUAGUUCUGCUGUUGUCAAAGGGGAAAUUAGGUUUGCUACAGUAUGCGGGGGUAGUGUGUGUGUGUGUGUGUGUUGUAGUUAAUGGUACAGUACAAAGACAGAGCUUUGUGUAUUGUAUGCAGUGACUGUAUUUGGACUCAGCUGGGCCCUCUACUCUCAUAAGAGCCAUUAGACACUGAUGAAUUAAGCCUGUCCCACUCCCUCUACUAAAUUAACUUUGAACCAGUGACGCUAAUUCAUUUUUGGUCAAUUUUUUUAGCCACACUGUCUCCCUCUUUCUAGUAUCCGUUGGGUUUUGUCUCUGAAUCAACUCCUCCUAUUUCAUCUCCUAUUCUGUCAAAUUCUCCUCUCCCCUCUCUCCUCCUCCAACCUCUCCAACCUGUUUGCAUAUGAGUUUCUUUCGGAGGGGUUGGGUUAAAGCAGAAGAUACAUUUGUGUACAAAGGACAAUAAAGUAUUAUUCUUCUCUCUCUGCAGGGAGAUCAACUUUAAGAACUUCUCCCUGCUCCAGCUGAAUGAGGAGUUCUCCAGGGGGCGUGGCCUGGAUGUGGGCGCCAGGGCGUGGAAGGGAGGAAACGUCCUCCUCUUCUUCUGUGACGUCGACAUCUACUUUACCGCCGACUUCCUGAACACCUGCCGUCUCAACACUCAACCUGGUACUACAAUACACUGAACAAACCCACGUCAGUGCUAUGUUCAGUGUGGGUCGCUGUAUCUUUUGAUUUUCUAACAAAACUGAGAUUUGAAUUAAGUAACUGUUAUUGAGAUGUUGUUUAGUCCAUGUUCAAGUUCAAGUGUAUUAACCAUUGGUAAUUAAUACAUUGGAAAUCUUAGAUUUGUUUGAUUACAUUUUCAUAUAUUUCUUUCUUCUUCAGGUAAGAAGGUCUUCUAUCCCGUUCUGUUCAGCCAGUAUAACCCAACCCUGAUCUACGGCAAUCACGACCACAUCCCGCCAGUCGAACAGCAGCUGGUAAGAAAGCUGCUUUCACAGAUGUCCUCAGAAAUAUUAAGAGAUACCACACACAUGGUACAAAAACAAAUUUUCUUACGUUAAAGAUUUGCCUGUUAUUUUUUGCUAUUUUUAAUAGGCGAUCAAAAAAGACACAGGAUUCUGGAGAGACUUUGGCUUCGGAAUGACGUGCCAGUACAGAUCAGAUUUCAUCAACAUAGGUAAAUAUCAUGUUACCGUGCUCAUCGAUGGUAAAUUGUCAUAUCCAAACCAUCUGCAAUAUUAUUAUGGACUCAGGCGUAUUGGCUCUCAGCACAGGAUUUGCCUCAAUACAUUUUUCCACCUCAGUCGAGGCCAUUAGAUGAAAUCACAGGCUAUAAACUAUGCUGGAAAUAAGGGCAGUUUCUGGACAGUGUCUGCGUCCCAAAUGGCACCCUGUUCCGUAUAUAGUGCACUACUUUUGACCAGGGCUCAUAGGGCACACGUGUCUAGGCCAGAAAUACACACACACAGAGAUUUUACUGUUUGUCAUUGUAAUUUAAUUUGCCACUGGCAGAACACUGUCUCCCACCAUAGUAAUAUCAGAGGUACAGCAUCUGUCUGACCUUAGACUCUCAGGAGAGAGAUAAUUCGUACUACAGUAAGACCUAUAAUACACAAAAUACUCCUUCCAACUCUAGGGUGAGUGAUUUGAGAUUUAGAUGUGAUGCGGAUAGUAAUGAAUUAUUAAUUUAUCUGUGUUGAGAGAGAGAGAGAGAGAGAGAGAGAGAGAGAGAGAGAGAGAGAGAGAGAGAGAGAGAGAGAGAGAGAGAGAGGCGAGCCACGAGCCUCGCGGGGUCGCUUUCGCAGCUCUGCACUAGUGCGUCUCCUCUCUCGCCCUAUCCGCCCGCUCCCGUCGGGGGGCGCCAGCCUCUGAAGAAGGAGAGCCCGGUUAUUUUCCAAACAGAGGGAAUAUUUUUAGGCCCCGGUGCACAAACAAAUAAACAAUCUCCAACUUCCUGGUUGGGUUCAUUGUUUAGCCCUUCAGCACUGAGCAGUCUGCAGUCAUCUUAAAAAGAGAGAAAAAUAGAGAGGGGGAGAAAAAACGCACGCAAAAGUAA